AUGGGACUACCUGAUUGCUGCGGGAAGUCGAAGAGGGGGAAUGCAAAGUGCGGGGAUAAGGUUGGCCCUCCUGCUACGAAUCCUGAAGCAAUCGGGUGUGCCACAACAGCGGAAAAUCGGGCGAGAGAGUCCGGCGGAUACCUGGUUUUCGACCCAGUGUCGAAUGGCACACUUUUUCUGAUUUGGAGUAACCGGGAAGUGGCUAAUGCGAUGGCAUUUUUUUACCCGAAGAAGCCUGUACCUGACUUCAAGUUCAAGAAUGGUGGACGGCAAGAAAUCUUUAGGAACUUGUUGAGCGACAAGAAAAAUUACUACGAGGGAUGGUGUCACUUUUUCAAGGCUGCAGCCGAAUUCAACGGCGAAUGUAGGCUCUUGGCGGGCGCUGACACAGCUCCGCUAAGAGUGACUGUUGCCUUUUUGUUUGGAACAACAGUGAAGAAGUUGGCACAAGCACAGCCUCUGCCGACAAGUGGCGUAGUUGCGAUCGGAUGUGUGCCCCAGGCACAGACGACAUUCGACGUUCGGACCAUGCACAGGGACCUGUUCCUGGGAAACUCACGACAGAGCGGAGCUGCAAUCGCCCUGUAG